GCUCUGAACUCCCCGAGAGUGGAGGUAGGACAGGGAGAGGAAAAAGAAGAGCAGUUUUCCUGACGACCAAGCCCACACACUCAGACACAGAAAUACUGCACAUACAAGCACACACAAGACGUGCACACUCUCACCCACACACUUUUGGACUUUCGACUCAUCUCUGGACUCCAAACCUGUCCUCUGGAGCUCUACCCGCGCCUCCCUUGCUCCCAGCCAUCACUCUCCUUACCACUUCACCCACCUUCACUCCCUCAGCCCCUCGCGUGGUGUGAGGGCAGAUGGCCAUGGCGCGGGCCUCUCUUGGGGGUGCUUUAGGCUGUGUCCUGCUUGCCCUCGUCCUGGGGAGCAGCAACAUGGAUUUCGGGGCUCCCCCUGCGAGCUUCUACCCCCGUUUCAACCCCUUCUUCUUCCUGUGCACCCACCACGGUGAGCUGGAGGGAGCCGGGAUAGCAGAAGGUGGGGGAGAGGUGCUUCUCACCCUCCAAAUUACAGGCAACCCCACCACCUACACCCCUGGACAGGAGUAUCAAGUAACCAUCUCCACCAGUGUAUCCUUCGAUGGUCUCCUGGUGACUGGCCUCUACACCUCAACACCAGUCCAGUCGGCUCCCAUUCCUGCUCCAGCUGCUUUUGGCUUUGGUGUGAUGCCAGAUCGUCAGUUUGGUGGAACCCAGUUUGUCUGCAGUGUGGUGGCUUCCCAUGUCAGCCACCAGCCCUCUACGAGCUUCAGCUUUGUCUGGAUCGCCCCACCACCUGGGACCGGCUGUGUCAAUUUCCUCGCCACGGCAACAUAUCGAGGACAGAUCCUUUUCAAAGACACGCUGGCCCAGCAGCUCUGUGAGCAAGGAGCUCCAACCGAGUCCCCACUGAGACCGAGUCUUGUGGAGCUUCAUGGAAAACAUGCUGUGCUGCGUGACGACUUUGACUCCAACCUACAAGGAGAGCUAGACCCCAGCAUCUGGUCUGAGUGUAGCAACUGUGAGGUUGGAGAGCAAUGUGGCGUACUGAUGCAUGGCAGAGCGGUCACUUUCUGCGAGCCCUUCGGAGAGCGCGAGCUGACUACUGUACCUCUGAACACCAGCACUGCCUCAGUCCUGCAGUUUGCCCAGGGCUCAGGCUCCUGCCGCUUCAGUUACUCAGACCCCAGCAUCACUGUGUCGUACAGCCUCGGUGGCAACACCAACACCUCAGAUGACUGGAUCACACUGGAGAAGAUCAGAGCUCCUACCAACAGCAGCACCAUCAUCCACCUGCUUCCACUUCCACACUCCGCCAGAGCCGAUGGAGUUCGUCUCCGCUGGUCUCAGGAGGCCCCCCAAGGCCCUGAAGGCUAUGAGUCCUGCUGGGGGAUGGACAAUGUGCUUCUGGUCAACGCCGCCCACAGGACCCCCCUGAUGGAGGAAAACUUGGAUCCCCCAGACACCGCCAACUGGCUCUUCUUCCCUGGAGCUACUGUCAAGCAUGCCUGUCAGUCAGAAGGCAAUGCCAUGUAUUUCCAUGGUGGUGAGGAAACUGGACACAGCUUUGCCACCACCAGGGACGUUGAUCUGCACCGUGAGGAGGGACGGAGCUACUGGGAGGAAGACUUUGAGAGCCCACCGUUAAACUGGGACAUAGAGGGUGCCGUCUAUGGGACCCAGUGUGGAGAGAUUGAAUCGGGCUCAGCGCUAGUGUUUGACAGAGAGGGCCGGAGGCGAGUGUGCACCCCCUACCUCGACACCACGUCUUACGGAAACCUCCGCUUCUACUUUACCAUGGGUGGUGUGGACUGUGAGCCGGGAGAAUCCCAUGAACACGACGUGAUUCUGUUUGGACGGUCUGAAGGAAGGAGGGAGCGUGUGGUGCUCGACACCCUGCCGUACUCUUCUUACAGGACUCCUGCAGUGGUAUCUGUGGCCUUGCCGACUGAGCUGCAAACACCCGUCACCCAGUUCUGCUUGGAGCAGCGGUCACAUGGCGGUGCCAACCGUCACGUGUGGGCCGUGGACUUCAUGCAGCUGCUCCCCGUGCUGCCUGGCACCCACACACAUGUUGCUCAGUUCUCCAUCAACCUGGGCUGUGGCUCCUACCAGCCUGCCAACAGUGUCAGUCUGGAAUUUUCCACCAACCACGGUCGUUCCUGGUCUCUGCUCCAUACUGAGUGUCUGCCAGAGCUCUGUGCAGGACCCCAUCUACCUCACAGCACCAUAUACUCCUCCGACAACUACAGCGGGUGGACCAGAAUCUCUAUUCCUCUGCCCAAUGCCGCCCUGACAGAGACAACCCGGUUUCGCUGGAAGCAGUCUGGCUCGGGAGCCGGCAACAUGUGGGCUAUAGACAAUGUGUAUUUCGGUCCAGCUUGCCUUCGUUUUUGCUCUGGAAGAGGACAUUGUUCCCGCACCGGCUGCAAAUGUGAUCCGGGUUUCAGCGGUCCAGCUUGUGAGCUUGCUUCCCAGACUUUUCCAGCUUUUCUUUCUGAGGGUUUCUCCAGCCCACGCCUCUCCUCCUACCAUACCUUCUCCUCACUUCGUGGGGCUGAGGUCAGCUUUGGCUGCGGUGUGCUUGCCAGCGGAAAGGCUCUGGUUUUCAACAGGGACAGCAGGAGACACUUGGUCACGGCUCCACUAGACAGUUCCCAAGCCAGGUAUCUGCAGUUCACUCUUCGGCUGGGCAGUCGGAGCAUCCUGAGCUCAUGUCCUGCUCCAGACCAGCCAGGGGAGGGCGUCCUGCUGCAUUACUCCUCAGACAACGGCAUCACCUGGACCUUGCUGCAGCACUAUGCAUAUCAGGGCUUCCAUGAGCCAAGGAUUGUGUCUGUCGAACUCCCAUCCGGCGCUCGCAAAUUCGGCGUGCAGUUCCGCUGGUGGCAGCCGUACCACUCGGGCCGUGGCCACGACGUGUGGGCCCUGGAUGAAAUCAGCAUGACUUCUGUGCUGUUCAACACCAUAAGUCUUGACUUCAGCAACGUGCUGGACGUCACCCAGAGUCUUGGUUUCUAUCUCGGCCAUGUCCAGCCGUACUGUCAGCAUGACUGGACCCUCAGUUUCUCUGGUGAGCCCAGUCCUGGCUCCAGUAUCCGCUAUGUGGAAACUCAAUCAAUGCAGAUCGGAGCCUCCUACAGUCUCCAGUUUUCACUGGUCAUGGGGUGUGGCCGCGAGCCCUCCCCUCACAUUGACACUCAAGUGCGACUGGAGUUCUCCACCAAUCAUGGUCUCACCUGGCACCUGGUGAAAGAGGCCUGUCUACCUGGCAUGCCAAGCUGCUCUGAGUUUACAGCUCCCAGUGUCUACCACCCAUCAGAGUUCAAAGACUGGAGACGCAUAACCCUUUCUCUGCCUCAGAAGACAUGGUCCAGUGCAACGCGGUUCCGCUGGAUCCAGAGCUACUACGGAGAGCAGGAUGAGUGGGCCCUGGAUGACAUCUACAUUGGCCAGCAGUGUCCUAACAUGUGUCAUGGGCAUGGCUGGUGUGACCAUGGCCAUUGCAGGUGUGAUGAUGGAUUCUCUGGAACAGACUGCCAGCCCUCCUCCCCACUCUCCUCUAGCGUACUUUCUGACUUUGAGUCCCAGGAUGCACUGCUCGCCACAUGGCAAGAGGUGAUAGGUGGAGAGGUGGUUACGCCUGACAUGGGCUGUGGUGUGGUUUCUUCUGGAUCAUCCUUGUACUUCAGCAAGGCUGGGCUUAGGCAGCUUGUGAGCUGGGAUCUGGACACUGAAUGGGCAGAGUUUGUCCAGUUCUACCUGCGGGUGGGUGGAGACUGGGCGGAGUGUAACCAGGCAGACAGCAGGGAGGAAGGAGUUCUCCUGCAGUACAGCAAUGAUGGAGGCAUCAGCUGGGGCCUCAUUGCUGAGAUGUACUUUACUGACUUCACCAAGCCUCGUUUUGUGCAUUACGAGCUUCCCUUGACCUCUAAAACCCCCUCCACAAGGUUUCGUUGGUGGCAGCCUCUUCACUCGGGGGAAGGCUAUGACCAGUGGGCAAUCGAUGAUAUCAUAAUUUUGUCAGAGAGGGAGAAACACAUCAUCCCUAUGGCUAAUCCUACUCUGCCGCAGAACUUCUACGAGAAACCAGCAUUCGACUACCCCCUGAACCAGAUGAGUGUCUGGCUGAUGCUAGGUAAUGAAGGCAUGGAGAGAGAAAACAACAACAGCUUCUGUGCCCCAACUCCCUCUGCUAUGGUUUUCGGGCGCUCUGACGGGGACAGGGUGGCUGUCACCAGGGACCUAGCUCUGCGCCCUGGCUACACCCUCCAGUUUAAACUGAACAUCGGCUGUGAAUCAGAGUUCAGUGCUUCUGCACCAGUGCUGCUGCAGUACUCCCAUGAUGCUGGUCGCACCUGGGCCCUGGUGAGAGAGGGCUGUUACCCAGGCACCCCGGGGGCUGGGGUCUGUGAGGGCAGUGGUCGUGAGCUGAGAGAACCAGCUGUCUACAACACUGGAGAUUAUGAACAGUGGACCAGGGUCACUGUGGUUAUACCACGUAAUGUUGCAGCCAGUAAAACGAGGUUCCGGUGGUUCCAGGAGAGUAGUGUGUACAGAGAUGCUCCACCCUUUGCUCUGGAUGGGGUCUACAUCUCUGAGCCCUGUCCAAACCACUGUGGAGGACAUGGUGAUUGCAUCUCUGGAGUCUGCUUCUGUGAUAUGGGAUACACAGUGGAGCAGGAUAGUUGUGUCCCGUCUGUGGCCAGUCCCACAGAGCUCACUGAGGGCUUUGAGGGGAAACUGAGCCCACUUUGGCAGAGUUUCAGCGGGGGACACAUCGGAGGUGGCUGUGGCAUCAUUGGUGAGGGCAAGGCCCUUUACUUUAGCAGUCCUGGAAGGAGAGAAGCACGUACAGUUCCUCUAGACACCACCAACACACGGUUGGUUCAAUUCUACAUCCGAAUUGGCAGCAAGAGUUUAGGACCCACUUGCACCAGGCCUCGCUCCCGCAAUGAAGGUGUCAUUGUCCAGUUUUCCACCAACAAUGGCGUCCAGUGGCAGUUCCUAAGGGAACUGGAUUUUAGUUCCUUCUUGGAGCCCCAGGUAGUGACCAUUGAGCUGCCACCUCCAGCAAAGACCUCCUAUACAGUGUUCCGGUGGUGGCAACCACAGCAAGGGAAACACUCUGCCCAGUGGGCUCUGGAUGAUGUUCUGAUUGGUAUGAACGACAGCUCUAGGACAGGUUUUCACGACAAGUUCGACGGCACAACCCCUCUGAGGCACAACUGGUACCGCAUUCAGGGUGGGGAGGUGACCGUGGACUGUUUGUCUUUGGACACGGCUCUUACCUUCAACUCUGAGGCCAUUGACAAAAAACCCAGAUAUGCAGAAAGCUGGGACUUUGAGGUCACAGGCUCUUCAUUCCUGCAGUUUGAGCUGAGCAUGGGCUGCAGUAAGUCCACCUCCUUUUCCCACGGUGUGCGACUGGAGUACUCCACAGACUGUGGUCGCCACUGGUCUCUCAUCACACCAGAGUGUGUGCCCCCAGCCAUCGGCUGUGCUGGAUAUACUCAGAGUUCCAUCUAUACAUCAACGCAGUACAAACACUGGAGGAGGAUCACCGUCUACCUGCCUAGUGCAGCUAAUUCCCCUAGAACUCGCUUCCGCUGGAUUCAGACCCAUUUUACCCCUGGAGCAGAAGGAUGGGCUCUAGAUAAUGUGCUACUUGCUCCUGGCUGCCCCUGGAUGUGCUCUGGACAUGGUCUUUGUGACAACGGGCACUGUGUUUGUGACAAGGGUUAUGGAGGGGCGCACUGUGUGCCUUUGGCCCCACUGCCAUCUGUGCUAAGAGAGGACUUUAAUGAGAACUUGCAACAGGAAACCUGGCCUGAAGUUUAUGGAGCCGAGAGGGGAACUCUGAGCGGAGAGCCUCUUAAGUCUGGCACUGCUCUUAUUUUCAAAGGGGAUGGUCUGCGAAUGAUUGUGUCCCGGGAUCUUGACUGCACGAGUACUCUCUAUAUCCAGUUUUCCUUCAAAUUCAUCACUAAAGGUGUGCCAGAGCGCUCACACUCAGUGCUGCUGCAGUACUCUGUGAAUGGAGGAAUCAGCUGGCUGCUUUUAGAUGAGUUUUAUUUCCCAGCUUCAACUGACACUCUCUUCCUUCACCUGCCACUGCCAGCCAGCGCUCAGACCAACGCCACUCGGUUCAGACUCUGGCAACCCUACAACAGCGGCAAGAAGGAGGAAGUGUGGGUGAUAGAUGAUCUCAUCAUUGAUGGCAGCUCGUUGCACAACCCCCCAGUGGUGAUAGACAGUUUUGAGGAAGGCCCCAAUGAGUCCAACUGGCUGUUCUCUCCAGGGGGAAACACUGGUCUCUACUGCCCCUACCAGAAGACUGGCCUGGAGGAGGAUGAGUCAGCUAUGGUGUUUGUCUCCAGUGAGCUUGGAGAGCACUCUAUUACCACCAGAGAUAUUGAUGUAAAUGAGAACACGAUCAUCCAGUUUGAGAUUAAUGUGGGCUGCACAGCUGAAAGCUCCUCUGCUUACCCCGUGCGUCUUGAGUUCUCACGGGACUUUGGUGCCACGUGGCACCUCUUGGUUCCACUGUGUGCAGGCGGACCACAACCGUCCUCGCUUUGCUCCACAGAGCUUCACCCUGCCAGUAUCUAUUUCCCUGGCACUACUCAGGGCUGGAGAAGGGAGGUAAUUCAGUUUGGCAAACUCCGCCUCUGUGGGUCAGUGAGGUUCCGCUGGUAUCAAGGUUUCUUCUCAACUGGUUCUUCUCCUCCAACAUGGGCCCUAGACAACAUCUACAUUGGCCCACAGUGUCAGGACAUGUGUAAUGGUCAUGGAGCCUGUGUGGGUGGUAGUCACUGUGUAUGUGACCCUGGCUACUCUGGACCUGACUGCUCUGUGCCUGACACCCCCAAUCCUGACUUCCUUAAAGAGGACUUUGAAGGGGGAGCUGCUGAACACUUCAGACUCCUGAGCGGUGGUAAACCAUCCAGGAAGUGUGGCAUCAUGUCAAGUGGGAACCACCUGUUCUUCAGUGAGGAUGGCCUACGCAUGUUGGUCACCAAUGACAUGGACCUGUCAAAUGCAAGGUUUGUUCAGUUCUUCCUACGCCUCGGUUGUGGUAAAGCACCACCGGACCCCCGUUCUCAGCCGGUCCUGCUGCAGUUCUCUGUGGAUGGAGGUCUGACCUGGGGACUCCUGCAGGAAUUCCUCUUCAGCAACAGCAGUAAUCAGGCUCGUCUGGUUGCCCUGGAGAUCCCACUGCGUGCCCGCACCACGUCCACUCGCCUCCGGUGGUGGCAACCUUCUGAAAAUGGACACUUUUACAGCCCGUGGGUCAUUGAUCAGGUGGUGGUAGGUGGCAGUGCCAGUGGCUGGGGACCACUAGAAGAUGAUUUCUCCUCAAUCGAUGGACGUUCAUGGCUCCUCCACCCAGGAGGGACCCGAAUGCCUGUUUGUGGCUCAGACGGACCCGCUUUUGCUUUUAUUGAGAAGUCCAACACACGCUAUGCCGUCACCACUGACAUCAGUCUGGGUCAAGAUGCAUUUAUCCAGUUUGACUUUUCUGCCUCCUGCUCAGUCACAAACUCCUGCUACUCUGUAGAGUUAGAAUAUUCCCUGGAUCUUGGUUUGACCUGGCAGCCUGUGGUCAGAGACUGCCUGCCCACAAGCCCCGACUGCUCUUCGUACACUCUGCAGCGACUUCUGGUUUCUGAUAUCUAUAACAAGUGGGGUCGUGUCACCCUGCCUAUCCCGUCAUAUGCCAGGUCUCCAGCCACAAGGUUCCGAUGGUACCAGCAGGCUCCCUUUGACAAGCAGCAGACCUGGGCUCUUGACAACCUCUACAUCGGAGAUGGCUGCCCAGAUAUGUGCUCUGGACAUGGGCGCUGCCAACAGAGCUCCUGCGUAUGUGACCCAGAGUGGGGUGGAGAAUACUGCGAUGAGCCCGUGGUCCCUCUGCCCUCCCAGCUGAAGGACAGCUUCAGUCGAGCUCCCUCGCUCAGUCACUGGCACGUACUCACUGGUGGGAAACUCAGCACUGUGUGUGGAGCUGUGGCUUCUGGAGCUGCUCUGCACUUCAGUGGGGUAAGUCUACAAAGCACCUUUCUGGUAACAGUGGACCUGAACCUGACCAACGCCGAGUUCAUCCAGUUCUAUUUCAUGUACGGCUGCAUGGUCCCGCCGAGUAACCGCAACCAGGGCGUCCUGUUGGAGUACAGUUUGAAUGGUGGCAUCAACUGGCAUCUGCUGACGGAAAUCUUUUAUGAUCUGUACACCAAACCUGGGUUUGUGAAUGUGCUGCUGCCCCCUGCUGCCCGUCAGGAAGGAGUACGUGUGCGCUGGUGGCAGCCUCAGCAUGACGGAGCAGACCACAGCGAUUGGGCUCUAGAUAACGUCCUCAUCGCUGGCUCUGAUCCGCGGGCACAGAUCUCUGAUACAUUUGGAGGGGUGGCCUUGCCUAACCAUGAGAGGGCUCCUGCUGAUGGGACUUUGGGAAGGAUAGGUCAGCUGAGCGAGCAGGAAGAAACGCCAAUAGUGAGCGAUCACUGGUUGUUCUCAGAGGACUGCUCGGUGCAGCGCUUCUGUGGCUCUCCUGACGGGGUCAUGGUGUGCGGAAAUGCCGACGGUAGAGAGGUGUAUGCUGUCACUCAUGAUAUUGUUCCAGAUAAGGGCUGGGUAAUGCAGUUCAAGAUCGCUGUUGGCUGCAGUUUGCCAGAGCGUCACGCAGAUCGGCAAGUUCACAUUCAGUAUUCAGUAGACUUUGGAGUGACCUGGAAGUACCUGGUGCCUCAGUGCCUGCCUGCUGACCCCCGCUGUGGUGGUCAGGUCUCCCAGCCGUCAGUCUUCUUCCCCACUAAUGGCUGGAAGAGGGUAGCCUAUCCUCUGCCUGAAAGUCUGGCUGACACUGCGGUGCGGUUCCGCUUUUACCAGCAGCACUCAGACAUUCAGUGGGCUGUGGAGAACUUUUACAUCGGGCCAGCGUGUGACGGUCACUGCGGGGGGCACGGAGACUGUCUGGAUCAGCGCUGUCUCUGUGAUCCAGGAUUCACUGGACCAAACUGCUACGCUAGCACUGCUCUUAAGGCUACUCUAAAGGAGCGUUUUGACUGGGAAGGGGCAACAGGUCCUCAGUGGCAGGUGCUGGAGGGUGGUAAGCCCUGUACGGACUGUGGUGUGUUGGUAGAGGGGACAGCCCUGUAUUUCGGUGGGGCUGAUGCCAGACAGGCUGUCACUGUUGAUCUGGAUCUACGGGGAGCCAAGUUUGUGGAAUACUGGGCGAGGAUUGGAAGUGAAGAUAACAUGACCAUGUGCCACCGUCCAACUUGUCGUAAAGAGGGAGUGCUGCUGGAUUACUCUACUGAUGGAGGUGUGUCCUGGACGCUGCUGCACGAGAUGGACUAUCUGAAGUAUGUGUCGGUGAGAAGAGACUACAUUGUGCUGCCCGAAGGAGCCCUAACCAAUGCUACUCGCCUGCGCUGGUGGCAGCCUUUUACCAUUUCCUCUGGCCUCGCCACCCCGAGCCUGGAAAGAGCUCAGUGGGCCAUAGACAACAUAUUAGUGGGAGGGUCGGACAUCAACCCAUCCACCCUGCUCGACACGUUUGAUGACGAGGGUGUUUCCCACGAGGAAAGCUGGAGCUUUUACCCUAAUGCCGUUCGUACGGCAGGCUUCUGUGGAAAUCCCUCUUUUCACCUGUACUGGCCCAACAAGAACCAAGAUAAGACACACAACAUCCUGGCCACUCGAGAGCUCAUUGUGCAGCCUGGAUAUAUCUUACAGUUCAAGAUUGUUGUUGGUUGUGAGGCAGACACCUGUGAAGACCAUCAUUCUGUCCUGCUGCAGUACAGGAAGGAUGCAAGGUCUGACUCAUGGCAGCUGGUGCAGUCAGAGUGCCUCCCUUCAUCAGUUAACAACGUGGGCUGUUCCCCUUUCCAAUUCCACGAAUCCACAAUCUAUAGUCCAGUCAACAGCUCAACGUGGACCAGGGUCACUGUCCAGCUACCAGAUCAUGUCUCCUCAGGGGCUACUCAGUUCCGCUGGAUUCAAAAGGAUGGAACAGGAGAGCGGCAGAGCUGGGCAGUGGACCAUGUUUACAUCGGCGAGGCCUGCCCGGGGCUCUGCAGUGGCCACGGCUACUGUACUAGUGGAGUAGUCUGCAUUUGUGAUGAGGGGCACCAUGGUGACGAUUGCUCCCUCUCCAGCAGUGACCUGCCCAGCUCCAUCAAGGACAACUUUGAAUCAGGCAGCGUGUCUCAGGAGAGCUGGCAGCUGAUCCAGGGUGGUGGAGUGGGCAGUGGAUGUGGGCAGCUGUCACCGCACGCCCACGGAGACUCACUCUACUUUAAUGGCUGUAAGAUGAGGCAGGCAGUUACUAAACCGCUGGACCUCACUAGAGCUAGGUACAGGUACUACCAAAACAUAAAUAAACUCACUACAUACAGAUACAGGCCAAUUUGCUUCAGUCAGAAGCCCAAAAAAUUGUUUUUCCACAGAAUACUCUGUUCUGUCAAUCUUGGAAAUGUCUUUUUUCUAAUCUUUUUUCAUUCCUUUCUUCUCUUCCUUUACAGUAAGAUCAUUGAGGCGAGGGUUAAAGGGGUGAUGCUGCGAUGGUGGCAGCCAAGACACGAUGGUGCAGGACACGACCAGUGGGCGUUGGACCAUGUGGAAGUAGUUCUUGUCAGCACACGUAAACAGAACUACAUGAUGAACUUUGCCAGACAGACCGGCAUGCGUCACUACUACAGCCGCAAGAGGCGGGCACUGCAGCGCCGUGCUUGAACCCAGCGAGUAGGGAUUUCAUCCUCUGACGUGCCAACCACACAUCGACCUGCCACACACCAUCCUUAUUCUCAUCCUGUUGAGACCCAUCCAGUGGAUUCCAGUCAGCCUUAGAGUUCCCUCGCCCAUCUUUACCGACCCCUCUGCCACAAACACGGAACAUCCAAUCAGUUUACGCUCCAGCCAAUCAAGGCCUUCCCAAACCCAUGGGUCGGCGGGAUUGAAACUCAGAAGGAAGGAGUGAAGAGGCUGUUUUGUUUACUUGUUCCCAUGGGAUGGUCGGGAUUUCUAGUUGUUUUGUAAUUGUUGCUGUGGUUCCUCCGAUUCCCAUUCCCACCUGCUCUACCCUUCCCUCUGGGUCCCAGCCCCCUCCCUCUACCCCUUCUUCACCUUCUCCCUUCUUUUCCUGCCGCACUGUGAAAUUGAGAGAUAAUAUAUCACUGCUGAACUGACCAGCCGAUUGCAGAGCAGCCUCCCAGUUCCACUGAGCCACCGGGUGGGAGGACCGCUCCACCGCUGCCAACAAGUACACCCAGAAAGAACGACUGCAAUGAUGAUGCUGACCAUUAGGAGGAGUGAUGGUGAUCAAGCCCCAAGAAGAAAAGAAAAAAAAGAAAAAACGAAAAGAAAAAGGAAAAAAAAAGUACUGUGUUCUUGCUGUUCUGUGUGUCUGUGGGUUCUUUUUUGUGAUGAGUUGACUGUGGUGUUCUGUUCAUUUGUUCGUUCGUUUUAUACUAAUUCAUAUGCUUUUAAGGGGGCGGGGUGGGGAGGGUCGGUUUGUGCUGGGUUCUGUUUCCUUUUCCUCGUUUAUCCACAUCGGGGCGGGGCGAGAAAAGCCCCGGCUCCACACGAAGAAGAAGCAAAAGAACGAUUUGCAGACGACGGAAAGGAGAAAAUAUGGAGAGAGAAAAAAAAAGAAAAAUAAAGACUGAACAGCAAUUGUUUUUUUGUUUUUUUUAUCAUUUUUUUAUAUAUGUUGGUUCCCGAAAAAUACAGAUAUUUAUGGUAAAUGGUUCUUCACGUGACCUAUUUAAGAUGCACUGUGCGUGAAAUCUGUAUGUUUUUUCUAGUGUUAAGUUAUUAGGCAGUCGAGUCAGGCUCUCGGACUGCAUCAUCUCCCCUCUUCCUUCACUUCCCUCUUCUCUUGUGCUGUUUCCCCCCACCCCAUCCUCUCUCUGCUGAUUUCUGAUACCUGGAGGUGAGGCUCUUAGUGUUGUUUUUUGAAGUCUGUGUAAUAUGGACCCUCUGCCCUCAGUGUAACUUCAGUAUAGCAAUCUCCUGUAUAUAUAUGUAUAUCCACUAUGGGGAGACCCAGCAGCCUUAUAAAAGGGAAAUAAAGAACUGUCCAAACCUCAUACUGUA